UCCAUGCUGUCAGAGAGCGACGCAGUGCAGGACGCGAAGAUGAGCAGCACAGACGCUAACGGUGACAUCACACAGGUGUUAAAGAAAGCCAGAAUGGGCGGAGCUAACCUACACCUGGACGGCAUCCCCCCGGACACGCUCAGUAAGGUGCAGGUGUACCUGGACCUGUUCUGUCUGUCUCAGGAGAAGCUGCGGCAGGUUUCUGCUCAGCUGAAGAAGGACAUGGUCCGAGGUCUGGGCAAACACACGCACCACAAGGCGCCCGUCAAAAUGCUGCCCAGCUUCGUCAGAGCCACGCCUGACGGGACAGAGAAAGGCGACUUCCUGGCGCUGGAUUUGGGUGGAACAAACUUCCGGGUGCUUCAUGUCCGCGUGGUGGAGGACCUGCAGACAGUGGGCAGUCAGCUCUGUGCCAUCCCAAAGGAGAUGAUGCUGGGGACCGGUCAGCAGCUGUUUGACCACAUCGCGAAGUGUCUCAGUGAUUUCCUCGUCUCUCAGGAUCUCAAAGGACAAACUCUUCCUCUGGGCUUCACCUUCUCCUUCCCCUGCGAACAAAAAGAAAUAGGUAGCAUCCUGAUUCGCUGGACUAAAGGCUUUAACUGCUCGGGGGUGGAGGGCGAGGACAUGGUGAAGUUACUGAAGGAGGCGAUCCACAGGAGGGGGGACUUUGAUAUCGGCUCUGUUGCCAUGGUGAACGACACGGUGGGCACCAUGAUGAGCUGUGGCUACAGAGACCAGAGCUGUGAGAUCGGCAUGAUCAUCGGUACGGGGACCAACGCCUGCUACAUGGAGGAGAUGAAGAACGUGGAGCGUGUGGAGGGUGAGGACGGGCGCAUGUGCAUCAACACGGAGUGGGGAGGCUUCGGAGACGACGGCUCCCUGAGAGGAAUCCAGACAGAGUUUGACUUGGAGGUGGACAAGACGUCCAUCAACCCGGGCGUCCACACUUUCGAGAAGAUGAUCAGCGGGAUGUAUCUGGGAGAAAUCGUCCGGCUGCUGCUGCUGAAGCUAACGGAGGACAAGCUGCUGUUUGAAGGUCAGACGUCGGAGACGCUGCGGACGCCCGAGAGCUUCCUGACCAAGUUCAUCUCAGAGGUCGAAGAGCCGGACAGCGGGUUGGAAAAUGCUCGGAGGAUUCUCUCACAGCUGAAUCUGAAGUGGAACGAGGUCGACGCCCACGUGGUUCGCUUGGUCUGCGACACCGUCUCCUCUCGCUCCGCCCGUCUCUGCGCCGCCGCCCUGGCUGCCAUCGCCAACCACAUGAGGGUGAGCCGCAAGCUGGACCGUCUGAAUACCACGGUGGGGGUGGACGGGACGGUGUACCAGAAGCAUCCAAAUUUCAGCGAGGAGCUUCAGGAGACGGUGCGCCUCCUCGCCCCCAAGUGUGACAUCACCUUCCUCGUUUCCGAGGACAGCAGCUCUCCAGUCGCGGCUGUUGGAGGACAGUGACGGCGAGGGAGACGAUGAGGAGGAGGAGGAGGAAGAGGAAGAGGAAGAGGAAGAGGAAGAGGACGUUUAACAGCAGAGAGAAGAUAACUGUCUGAUUUUAAUUCUGAAAUAUUUUAAUAGAAAUUUUUCUUCUCAAACGUGUCGGGUCCUUUCAGGUGUACAGCUCAUCUCUCACGCCGCAGCUCAUCUCUCGUCUCUCACGCCGCAGCUUGUCUCUCACGCCGCAGCUCAUCUCUCGUCUCUCACGCCGCAGCUCUUCGGGUUUUACUUUGGUUUCAUGAAGCAGAGAUUGCUUGUUUUGUUUAUAGAGAACAAAGUGAUGUUGGUUUAGUUCUGAAACAGAUUAUUCAUCAGGUUAAGAUUAUUUCAUGGUGUAAUGUUUCAUCUCACGGCCUGCAGUACCUGUGGCGUCCACCAGGGGGCGCAGCCAACAUCUGGGGAAUCACUGACUUCCUGUUUUUGAGUUUCCAGAACUGCUUCUGCAGAUGACCUUCAGGGCCACCGUUGAAAAGUUGUCCCUGUUUUUUUCCUCAAACAUUAAAAGAUCUUAGUUUUAUUUUGAGUUUUUUAUCAAAGGAGUGGAAACGUGGGAGGAUCCCACAGGUCACACGUGAGGCGAUGCAGCGACGUCGGGACCUGCAGACGUUUUUAUUUCACUCGUUCACAACAAGGAGGCGUGUUUAUAAUCUUUCAAACAUGAUGAACAGAGCUUUAAUCUCAUGAAACACUUUUAUAGGAAAGGGGUCAAAGUUCAGCUUCAAAGUUUGAGUGUGACGUCCAUAUCUUUAUUUGUUUUUAUAUCGUUUUAUUCUUAAAAUGUCUUUAUUCUUAUUAUUUAACUGUUUGUAUUCGCUGCUCUGUCCGUCACGCUCAUGUCAAUAAAGUUAAUGAUUCAUAUCUGAAUGA